UUCAUGAUUUUAGCAAGGCAAAGCGGUUAAAAACUGCAGUGAUUGGGAAAUGGAGCCUCCUAUACACUCAACCAACCCGAUAUACAGCAACAACAACACCAAAUCAAUGCAGUGCAAUAUUAAACACAUUCUUACCGAGACUUUUAGAGGUUAACCACAUCUUUUAGAACAUCCAGUUAAUAUUUUUACCACGUAGCUUACUACAAUACUUUACAAACGUAUACAGUAGGGAGCUUUCGAUAACCAAACAAGAGGACAACUGAGUUACGGCGAAAGGACAUCUUUUACAAAUCAGUGUCAUCAGUCAUGGAGGGUCUCGCUCGAGCUAACAGUCUCUUCGCUCUGGAUCUCUAUCGGGCUCUGAGCGCGAGCAACUCUGAGGGAAACAUGUUCUUUUCCCCGCUGAGCAUCAGCGCAGCGCUCAGUAUGGUCUACUUGGGAGCCCGAGGAGACACAGCUGAAGAAAUGGCAAAGGUUUUGUCCUUCAGUUCUGUCUCUGAUGUUCACACUCAUUUUGAGACCCUCACCUCGUCAAUCAACAGUCCAUCAGAAUUCUACAUCCUCAGACUGGCCAACCGCCUCUACGGAGAGAAAACCUUCAGCUUCUUACCUGAGUAUUUGGAUUCCACCCUGAAGCUCUACCACGCUGACCUUCAGGCUGUGGACUUCAUUGGAGCAUCUGAGGACUCACGACAGCUCAUUAACAAAUGGGUGGAGGAGCAGACUGAAAACAAAAUCCAAAAUCUUCUCAAGCCAGGAAUGGUGGCUGGAAUGACCCGUCUAGUUCUGGUUAAUGCCAUCUACUUCAAAGGGAAUUGGAUGGAGCCAUUUAAAGCAAGAGACACUAAAGAAAUGCCAUUUAAAGUAAACCAGAAUGAGAGCCGGCCUGUGGAAAUGAUGUAUCAGAAGGAAAAGUUCCCCUUCAGAUGCAUCCCAGAGUAUAAACUGCAGGUGCUGGAGUUACCAUAUGAAGAGGAGGAGCUCAGCAUGUUGAUCCUUCUUCCAAACGAAACUCAGGAUGGCUCUGAUCCUCUUCUGAAGCUGGAGAGUGAGUUGACCCUUGACAAGCUACUUGACUGGACCAAUACAGAUGAAAUGACCACAUGGAUGAAUAUCAGAGUCCAUUUCCCAAAGUUCAAACUUGAGGUUGAGUGCUCCCUAUCAAAAAUACUGCAAGAGAUGGGUAUGAGCUCUGUGUUCCAGGAAACAAAGGCUGAUCUGACAGGCAUGAGCAGUCAGGACGGCCUCUUCAUUUCAGCUGUGGUUCACAAGGCCUUUGUUGAAGUGAAUGAGGAAGGCACUGAGGCUGCUGCAGCCACUAAAAUCGUUAUGUGUGGAUGUGCCCGUCAGCGAGAAACCCCGAGUUUCAUAGCUGAUCACCCCUUCAUGUUUUUCAUCAGGCACAACCACACUAACAGCAUUCUUUUCCUGGGUAGAUUCAGAGGCCCAUCCUAGAAAUGUAGUGUAUUUUUUCUCUGUUACACCUAAAUAAAGAAAUGAAUGUUUUCUCUGAAUGUUUUAUCAAAUAAAUUAUGCCUUCCUGUCA